AUGAACUAUGGUUUCAGCCAAAUUCAAUUGGUUGGUGUCAAUACAAAUUUGGUGGUAAGCUUUGAUGAGUAUGAUGAAAAAGAUUUAGAAAGUUUCAAGCUAAUGCAAUUAAUAGGUGUAAAGCCAAAUUCCACAACCUUUACUAACAUUCCUCCCGCUUGUGUAGAGACGAUAGGCCAUGAAGCCUUGGUACAAGCAUCACCAAGGCAAUUGAACUAUCUGAUAGAAUACUUCAAAGCAUGUGGUCGCAUAGACAACACAUGUAAUCUGUUUGACAGGAUACUCAAGGUAGAAUGUGGCCGCAUGGACAAUGCAUGUGGAGUGUUUGACAGAAUAUCACGUGAAACACAAUCGUGGAAAGCUCAGACACAACAUCAAUCUUUGCCAUGUACACAUGGUUUUCUCUCUCUUUUUCCAUCAUUUUCAAGACCAAUUGAAACACAAAAACCUCAAACUCGGGCUCAAAAUGACCGAAGUCGAUCGAGCAAGAAGAAAAUUACACCGACGAGUGCUGAAACUGUAGUCUCCAAUGUUAAUAUUAAACGCAUCAAGGAAUACUAUCACAAAGUUGAGGAUGAGUUUUGUAGGAUUUGCAAUGACAUUCUCACAAUCAUUCAUGAGCAUAUUAUCCCAUCUUUUGGCAGUGGAGAGUCCACAGUCUUCUACUACAAGAUGAAGGGAGAUUAUUAUCGUUAUCUUGCAGAGUUCAAGUCUGGAAAUGAAAGGAAAGAAGUUGCAGAUCAAUCUCUCAAAGCUUAUCAGGCAACUUCAAAUACAGCAACAACUGACCUUCCUCCUACCCAUCCUAUCAGACUUGGUCUGGCAUUGAAUUUCUCAGUGUUCUACUAUGAAAUUCUAAAUUCUCUUGAGAGAGCCUGCCAUUUGGCCAAACAAGCAUUUGAUGAAGCAAUUGCAUAGCUUGACACUAUUAGUGAAGAGUCCUAAAAACACAACACAUUAAUCAUGCAACUACUAAGGGAUAAUCUUACUCUCUGGACAUCUGAUUUUCAGGAAGAAGGGGGUGAAGAUCAGGCUAAAGUGGAGGAUGAAAAGAUAGAAAAACUUGAGCACUAG